GUACAGAAUAUAAAAUAGUUUUAAUUUUUUUAACGUUCACAAACCGUAUUUAUUAUUUUUUCUCACGCACCUUUCUGUAUUUGCGGACAAUCCGCUUUAGUUAUUAACUGCGUGAGACCGUUAUGUGUGUUAUAUUUAAAUCGGUCUAUUGUAGUUCAGAUGUCCGCUGAUGGUGUAGUGUUUCUCUGGUGAUUGAAUCUACAAAAUUUGUUAUGUUAUUUGCCCAGUGUCACGCCCUGUCCAUCGCUCUCGUAUUAUUUGUGAUCACGCUUUCAAAUGGCCAGGAUUUCAGGUACCAAGUAUACAAUACCAAUAACCCUCCGUCCUCGCAGACGGCAUAUGAUCGAAAUUUGCCAUCAUUUCCCAGUCCCUACAACCCGUUACUAGACCAAUACGGUCAACAGAAUAACUACCAGCAAAACAGUUACCAGAAUCGACAACUAUUUAAUCAACCCGGUCGUCCUGGAACUCCAUCAUACCGACCCAAUGGACAUAAUUAUGGAGGUGAUGAUACGCUAUUGCUACCUGGGAUACUGGGUCGGUGGCGACCAGAUUUACAAGGAAAAGAAAGAGCUGAUUCAAAACAAUUGGAUAGAAACGUAUUUGUAUCCACAAAAUAUGGUCAAGUUCAGGGAUUUAAAGUGCAUCUUUAUGACAAUCCUCUGCCUGAGAAUGGUUAUAGACCUUUUCAAACACCUGUUGAGCGAAAACAAGCUGAAGUAGCCGUGUUCUUAGGAAUACCAUAUGCAGCGCCACCAAUAAACGAAGGAAGAUUUCGUCCCCCACGACCCCAUAAAGGUUGGCAGCUACAUCAAGCAGUUGAUUUUGGACCUGCAUGCCCACAGCCAGCUAUUUACACUGGUAUUACCAAAGGCGUGCCAAAAGUAGAUGAAGACUGUUUAUUUUUAAAUAUAUUUAUGCCAUCGACGGGUGUGGCUCCAGCUAAACCGUAUCCAGUCAUGUUUUAUAUACAUGGUGGUGAUUUUGUUCAUGGUUCAUCAAAUUCUUUUCAUGGACAUAUGAUGGCAGCAUUUUAUAAUGUUGUUGUUGUAGCUAUCAAUUAUAGAUUAGGAGCCUUAGGGUUUUUGAGUACUUGUGAUGAAAAUUCUCCUGGUAAUUAUGGACUUAUGGAUCAAGCUAUGGCUCUACGUUGGGUAUAUGACAAUAUUGAAUUUUUCAAUGGAGAUCGUAAAUCAAUUACUUUAUUUGGGCCGGAUGCAGGUGCUGCAUCAGCAGGAUUGUUGAUGGUUAAUCCCAAAACUAGUUUUAUGGUAUCCAAAGUUAUUGCCCAGAGUGGUUCAGCUCUUGCAGAUUGGGCACUUAUAAAAGAUAGAUGGAGGGCUUUAAAUACAACUAAAGUUUAUGCAGCCCACAUUGGUUGUAGUACUGAAUCUACUUGGAAAAUUGUUGAUUGUCUGAAGCGUGGUAGGAGUUUUUUGGAACUCGGAUCAGAUUUCAAGCCUCAAAUUGGUUUUAAUGCUUGGGGACCAAUAAUUGACAAUGAAUUCUUGGUGCCUAAAAGUGAUUGGUAUGAUGGUUGGCAACAGUCAGAUUGGCAUUUCAUCAAUGAAUCAGUAAAAAGUGCUAUUCAGUCAGGUCAUUUUAACAAGGAUCUUAGAUACUUGAGUGGUGUCACUACUCAAGAAGCAGCAUACAUAUUAUUUAAUAAUAAAACAUAUACAGUAACUGAAGAGUUCUUUAACAAUAAAGUUAAAGAAUUGGUUCUUCAGUAUAAUUACACAUUAAAUCCUUCUGGAGUUUAUCAAGCUAUAAAAUACUUGUAUACUUAUUGGCCUGAUCCAAUUAAUCCAGAUUCAAUAAGAACACAGUAUAUAAAUAUGUUAUCAGAUUUUUUAUUUGUUGCUCCACAUGAUGAAAUUUCUAAAUUACUUAUAGCUGAAGAUGUUCCAGUUUAUAUGUAUGUUUUAAAUACUACUGUUACAAGUAUUCCCUUACCUGAAUGGAGACUCUACUCACAUGACACAGAAUAUUAUUUCUUGACAGGUGCACCUUUUAUGGAUAGUGAGUUUUUCCCUCGUAUUCCAGUUGUGGAUAAAAGAAAAUGGUCUGACAAUGAUCGUAAUAUGAGUCAUUUUUUUAUGAAGGCUUAUACCAAUUUUGCAACUUAUGGGAAUCCAAGUCAAUCUCAGAUUUUAGGUAUACACUUUGAUAUGGCAUUAAAAAGUGAUCUAAAAUAUCUAAAUAUAAAUACAACAUAUAAUACAACUAUUAAACAAAAUUAUAGACAAAUGGAAUCAGCAUUUUGGUCCGAAUAUUUACCUACUGUUAUUGGUAUUAUUGUACCAACAUAUCCUCCAACCACAGAGUUUUGGUGGGAACCUAAAACUCCAAUUCAAGUGGCAUUCUGGGGUCUAUCUGGUCUCAAUAUGAUUUUAAUUGCUAUGACAGUAAUACUUUGCAUUUUGUGGUGUAAUGCAAAGAAAACUAAAGAUCGUUAUUAUAAUGGUGAUGUGUUAGUUGUUAGAGAAGAGCCAAUGGCAAUGAGCCAUCAAGGCAUUGAUAACCGUAGUGUGACUAGUAAUAUUUAUGAAUAUCACGAUGCCCCUAUUAAGACAUUACAUGCUUCACCCAAAAAGACACCAUCUGCUAGCACUUUAAGAACAAACAGUGCAGCAUCUAUGCGAGAUCAUCCUAUGGCCAUAAAUGAAAAACCAGUACCACAAACUCAGGUUUAAAUUUUAAACUAUUAUUUUUAUAAUAGUUUAUCAAUGUUGUAUUUUUAAAUGUUUUAUAUUGAGCUAAAUUUGUUGAGACUUCAGCCCUUUUAGGUACGUUGAGGUAUUUACAAUUAUGAUUCCGUCCAUUAUUUUGGUACUCGUUCAGUAUGCUAUUUACUAAGAAUAUUUUAUCUAAUGUAAUUUUAUGUUACUUUAAUAUGCUAUCUACAAAUAAAAAUUGUCUUACCUUUAUGAUGUGGUAUUUCUACUUAGUCAUUUUUUUUAUUAAUAGUAUGUGUUAUGUAUAGUUUGUAUAUCUUAGAGGAAUGAUUUAAAUAUAUUUUCUGUAGGUUGUACUAUGCACCCCUUCCAAUCUACCUAGAUUUUUUAAUGUUUUAAUAUGUAAAGGGUCCUAUGUGUUUUAAUGUUAUAUUUGUUGUUAACGUAUCUUUAAAGUGUUUUUAUUGUUUGUAUUUUGGCGCUAACCAUUGGGUCAUUGAAGUUUUCCAAAUGAUUAACUAUCUUAUGGAUAAAUUUGUGUUCAUUAAAAAAAGAGUAUGCACAUCUUUUAUCAAAAUCUAUAUAAGUACUUUGUACAUUUUCAUUUAAUAUAAUUAGUAGUAAAGUAU